AAACAAAUCUCUGCUGUGAUCUACUGAGGAGAGAUUGAGAAGAUGGCAGUAAGUUCAUCAACAACUCUACGUUCAUACAGAGGGAUUCAACUGUAUUUCACUGUGAUGUUCAUCUCUUUCUCUCUGUGUCUCGUGUAGAUGAUGGUGUUUCUGGUGGUUCUUCUCUCUGUUGUUCUGGUGAGCGGGUGCAGUAAUGAUAAAGAUAUGCCGGUCGACUGUUCUGACGUCUAUAAAUCAGGACAAAAGCUCAGUGGGAUUUACACCAUCUAUCCAGCAGGUGACUUUCCUGUCUGGGUUUACUGUGACAUGAUCUCAGAUGGGAAAGAUGAAGAUAAAGGAGGAUGGACGGUGAUUCAGAGGAGAAUGGACGGCAGUGUGAAUUUCUAUCGGCCGUGGAAUCAGUACAAGAGAGGAUUUGGGAAUGUGGAGAGUGAAUACUGGCUGGGGCUGGAGAACAUGUACCAGCUGACACGUAACAGGAAGUACAUGCUGAGAGUGGAUCUGGAGGACUUUGAAGGAAGGAAAGGUUUUGCUCUGUACUCGUCCUUCUCUGUGGAUUGUGAAACAGACGGGUAUAAACUGCAUGUUUCAGGAUUCACUGAUGGAGGAGCAGGCGACUCUUUAUCUGUUCAUAAUGAUCAGAAGUUCUCCACCUUUGACAAAGACCAAGAUCCCUCUGAGAAGAACUGUGCCAAACUGUAUCUUGGGGCAUUUUGGUACGCAGCCUGUCACUAUACAAACCCCAACGGUGUGUAUUUAUGGGGAGAAGAUCCCACCCAUUACGCCAUUGGUGUUGUUUGGUCAACCUGGAAGAAUUAUGCUGUCAGUAUGAAAUCCAUCAGCAUGAAGAUCAAACGUGUGUCUUAGAAACAUUACAGUGCUUCUGAAGGGGAAACAUUGGACUUUAUCUCAUUUUACAACAUUCCACUGUGUAACUAAGCAAUCAUGAGUUAAUAUCUUUUAAAUGUUUGUUGGCUGUUGGUGUAAUGCAUUAAAACCUUUCUUUGACUUA